AAGAAAAAAUAAAUGCAUACUUUUUUGCAAGAUAACUUAAAACACUAUUACUAAAAUUUAAACAACUUCGCUUUGUAUUACGCUUGUUAAUUAACUGUCUUAUCAUGCUCUCCAAUGAAAUUAGCAAGUUCAUUCUCCUCCCCUAAUACAGAGAACAGUUUUUAGGUUUGAAUGCCGAGGCGGCGGGAGUUGGACUGAAGAACAGCUGAAGUGUGAGUUCAAGACGGACUUUCAGGAGCAGGCACAGUAAGGAACUUGUCAAACUUUUAAGCAGGUGGAUUUAGUUUCUGCAGUUCUGCAAUGGAGGAAAAGUCAGCUGCCCAAGUUUAUGAAGAUGAAAUUAACAGUCUUAAGGAAGAAAUCCGAAUGCUGGAAGAGCAGUAUGAAAGCAAACAGCAGGAGGUUUUGCUACAUACUGAUAAGGAGCUUCUGAAGAAAAUAGAAAUAUACCAAGCAAAAUUAAUUGGAGAUUUUGGUGGUGACUGUAAUGCAGCUGAUCUGAAAGCUAAGCUCCAUGAGAUGGACUCCGAAAUAAGUCUUGUGACCAAAUUGACUGGGAUUGAGUUUACAGAAUACAUCAAAACAUUUGAAAGGACUGAUGAUGGCAAACCAAUUCGUAAGCAUAGGAUCUGUGGGCACUGCCUUUCCCUACCAUUUCAGCUUGAAUUUAAAACUGUCGAAGACGAGGUCAAAGACAUCCUUGCUACUCGUAUCCUAGACCUAAGUAUUAUUAUGGACUGUAAUGAAUAUGCCAGUUUAAGCAGCUUUAUUUCCAGAGCUGAAGAAACAAAGAGCCUUUUACUUUUCUUCAGGACCCUUUCAAUUUUUGCUGAAUGGUGUGAACAUCGCAGAACAACCUUCAGACAUUUCAAGGUGGGUCAUUUUAUUUCAUUUAAUUGA